GAGAUGCAUUGCAGUCGGCAACACAACGCACGCUUCGCGUUCUUCUCAUCAUCAUCAUCAUCCUCCUCCUCCUCAACACGGUGUAUUUUAAUUGGUAUUACAUUUUCGGGUUGUUACUUUUUUUCCCCCCUUCAGAUAACGCCGAUACGAUUUGUGAGGGUAAAUGGGGGUUAGCUGUGUCCAUAAAAGCGUUGUAAAAGAAGUGUUAUUUUAGUGCAGUGUCAAAAAUGCUAUAGUUUUUUUCGUUGAUGAGUGUUUCGUGAGAGGGGGAGGGGGGGUGGUAAAGAAUUAUGUUGGAAUAUGAAAUCAGGGUCAUCAACAAGUAAUCCCGUUACACCACACUUUAUGUUCAACUGGAGGAAAGGUACAGUGUAACAAUUUCAAGCGUGAGACAAGGAGGAGUUGGUUUGGUCUGGAGGGAGCCGGCAUUGAGGCGUCAUGCUGGCCAGUGACAGAGGAAUGCCCCUGUCCCUGCUAAGCCGAGGCAUUGGCCUGCUCGUUCGGAAUGGCCAGGAGAAGGUGGAGGUGUACUUCGAGCCUCAGGACUAUUUGAACUGGCGGGUGACGGGAGGCCGGCACCCUGUAUGCCGCUGCCCUUACUGGCCCACCGGUGGCCUGGCCAAGACCUACACCACCCGGAAGGGGCCUCUCCUCCUCUACUCCGAGGAGCUCGCCUACCCGGCGCAUCUCUACCAGGAGGAGGUUCGCCGUCACCAGCGGCGUGGCCACCAGCCCAGUCUCCCGCAGCCGGAGAGCUUCCUCCAGCAGGUCCAACCCCACCAGCAGGAGCAUCUGAAUCAGCAGGCCCUGCUGUUCCAGCAAACGCAGCUCAACCACAAGGCUCACCUUCAGCAAAGAGCGCGGGCGGCACGGAGGAGGCCGGAACACCCGGACAGGAAUGCGGACGCCGUCACCGCACAACUGAAAACCCUCAGCGACCUGACCGAUGCGAUCUUGAUAUAUGGAUGCAGACAGAUUGUGGGAGGCCAGCAUUGCCCGAGCAUCCAGUCCCUUCCGUCGGCGAAGGCGAGCAGGAUCCGGCCGGGCUACUCCGCACGCCGCUACCUCUGCAACUGGUUUCACUCCUGGGAUGAGGCGUUGCUGCUCAAGCUCCACAAUUCGGGUCGGAUUUCAUACUCCACGCUGUACCGGGAGGGCAGGUGGAGCCCACGCGCCUUCAGAAGAGCUCACUAUGACCUUACUGCAGCGCCGCAGCCGUAUCAGCUCACAAGCAGCAUGCUGCAGGCGCCCGGACCUACCCUGCUAUGCAGGACCGUUGCCAGCUAUGCGAGCGGCGAUGAAACGGAGGAGAAGCAGCAGGGUUCCGGCAAGCAGAUGACACUGCCGGACGGCGGCGGUGCCUCAAGUUACCCUGACAGCGGCCAGUGCGGCGUUAUCGGCAAAUGCUUUGAUCAGCCUGCGAACGGACAUCAGCUUGAGCCUUCAUCUCAGGAUUGCAUCGUGAAGGAAACCAUAAACAAGAUUGAUGCCCUAAAAUCCAGCAGGCUACCUCCUAUUGGUGCUCAUAUAUCACCCGCAGUGCGGGAGAGACCCCCACCACUACACCGGACUCUCAUUGACACCUCUCAUCUCCGCAGCCCGGAGGAAAACAGAUCCUUCGCAUCAUUUUAUGGUGGCUCGCUCGCUGGAAACCGCAGGAAUGUCGGCAUUUCGGCGAAGGUUGUGGCUGUGGACAAACGAGACUCGGGACAUGGAGAGGAGGACAGGGGGAUGUCGCGCUUUCCUGCUCUCACAGAGACUAUCUCAAAGGAACCGGCAAGAAAGCCACCGCCGUCCGAUGGCGUGAAGCUGCCGCUCAUUACGAUGGAGCCUCCUGCCACUCCCCAGAAGCAACAGGCCGGGGAUAACACAGAGGGGGAGGCAGAGCAGAGGAAGGGACCUCCCCAACCACUGCUGCCGUCCAUCUCCCAGGGCAGGCCUCCCACGUGGGGCUUAAUCAAACAGGGGGCCACCCGGGGAGGCGUCACACCGUUCGAGGCGGCCCGGGCAAAACCAGCAACAGGCGGCGCCCGACAUGGCCAAGUUGCCAGAGACGCUGGAACGAAUAGAAUGGCACGAGCCGACCAAGGUGCUGCCACUUUCGUCAAGCCGCAGCGGGAUCGUUCCCCGGAUCGUGGAGCGACCAAAGCUCAAGUUUCGGUGCCGCCUGGAGAUGAGCCUGUCUGUGCAGCUAAAGAGAGAGAUGGAGUGCCAGGCGUUCACUGGGGUGAUGCGGUCGUUGCCAGCAGCUCAGGACAACCGGUCAGGCGAGCGACGGAUAUGGAGGGACCUUCAGUUGUUGGUCAGAUGGCUGCAGGUGAAAGCUCUCAAUAUGAGUGGCAGCUUCUUGGGAAAAAGGGGCCCGGCAGCCAUGACAGUGCGACAAGCAACAAGGGAGGCAAGGGUGCAAAAGACAUGGGCAUCAAGGGCGACAAGGCCGGCAGAGACAUCUUCAUCAACCCAGAGGACAUAGAGGUAGCAGAAACUGUCGACGUUGACCUCGAGUUUCCCCCAGUAGCCACCGGGGUUGACGUGGGAGCCGGCGAGGUUAGCGGUGCCAAGGCCGAACGGGGUGGUGCUAAGCCUGGCGGUGCCACCGCCGCUCUUGGGGCAGCCGGCGCGAGGGCCGGGGGUGGCAGCAUGAAGCCCGGCGACGCGGCCGAGGGCAGCGGCGUGAAGGCCGGAGCCUGCAGCAUCACGUUUGAGGGCGGCACCGAGGGGGUGGGCAGCAACUCGAGCAACAAGCUCAACGGCGGAGUCACUAAAGGCGUCCCCAAGGCCGCGGGCAGCAGCGUGAAGGCGGCAGGUGGCGAGGGGACGACCGUAGUGAAAGGGAAUUUACCCGAAGAGCUGAGAGCCACACACACGGGAAAAGACUUCAUGGGCAGUGCUGUCCUGGGUCCUGACGGGGAAAUCAUCAAACUGUCUUUGGUGAGAGCCGCCUAUUAUAUCGAAACUAAAGGGCAAGACGGCGCUGGAGAUGUGCUCGUGUUUAACGUGAGCGUGGAGCAGAGCGCUGCGGCAGACGAGCGGCAGUGGAACGCGCUCAUGGGGACCUCGCAGCGGAUCGGAGACGAAGAUGUGAGGUCAGUCGAGUCCGGGGUGAUGGAAGACGAGGAUUACCAAGACCUUCCGGUUUCCAACAAACAAAGAUCACGUGACAUUGACACUGAAAAAGACACAGAAACUGAGAAAGGGACCACUGCUUUUUCUGCUGUUUCCCAGGGAGCUGCAGACAGUGGAUUGUUUGUAACAAGUCCUGUGACAAUGUCUGCACUGACGGAACCUGGCACGGUCAUGGCUUUGCCUCCAGCGUCAGAAUCGAGGGUCGAGGCGGAGUUCGAAGCGUGGAGUCGCGAGCUCAACUCAUCGCUGAGCCCCAACGAGACCGUUAUUGUGGAGGACGGCCGCACCGGACAGAGGAUCGUCAGGUCGCGGCAGACGCCAACGCAGAUGGGACCUCCAAGCAGGAGCAAAACGUCCGUCUCCAUCAUCCUACCCUCCCAGGGUAUGGAUGAUCCAGAAUCAUUUCGUUCCGAUGAAGACAGCUCGAGCGUGCUCUCAAACGCAUUUAAAGACUCAAAGGAACAGCAUUCAAAUAAAAACGUAUCUGAGACCAGCCAGAACCGUGAGAGAUCGGCACAAGAAACUGGAAAGAACAAGGCCGUUGUGUCAAAGAAAGGUAAACGCCCCGAGGCAAGGGGCGACAAAGACACGCGGUCGGCAAAGCGCUCUGUCGAGACGCGGGAGCGCGCGUCCGUGCGGGAGGGUUCAACGGGGGGGAUGAGCCACACCGUGGAGAGGCGGACAUCCAGCAACGACCCGGACGACGCGUGGGAAGACAGCGUGGGUGAUAACGCAGAGGCGCCCUCGAGGGCCGAAACGAGAAUCGCAAAAGAAACGAAAACUAAAAAGUCCGAGGGCAGUACAAAAGCCAAAGCGAACGAAAAUGAACGGAAUGCUUUUGUUGUAGGCAAACCCAGGAAAACGCGGAUGAGCGAAGCGACGCAAAAAGGAGCCGAUGGGGAAAAAGCGCCGCCUUCGUCAAAAAAAGAAUCCGGUGACGAGCAAAGGAGGAAGAAGCCAUCGCGGCGUUCCGCGGGGCCGCCGGAAAAGGGUGGCAGCAGGGGAACGGACGAUCAGGACUCGGGGAGAGACGACAACUCGGCUUUCCAAGACGAUGCGACUGGGCGACAUCGCCGAGGAAGAAGGGGGAGCCAAGUGCGGGCCCACAAACUGGGCAGCCAAACGUCGGAGGGCCAACUUGUUGAACCUGGCAAGGAGCCGGGGUCGGACGGGCAAUCGCCGGCUCUGUCGGAGCGCGAGGCUCGGCGGGCGGCGCAGUCGGAGCAGCGGCGGCUGGAGGUCGAACGGCGGAGGCAGGAGAGCGAGUCGCAGCGGCUCCAGGAGCUGGAGCAGCAGGACAGGGAGGAGGUCAUGAGGGCCGAGCUGGAGGAGGCACGGCUCCGGCGCGAAGAGGAGGCGAGGCAGAAGAAGCGGCAGCAGGAGCUGGAGCGACUCAAGGUGCAGGAGCUGGAGAUGAAGCGGAUGGAGCGCGAGCGGGCUGAGCGUGAGCGCGAGCGCCGGCAGCAGGAGGAGCACCGUCGCAGGGUACUCGAGAUCCAGCGCAGGAAGCAGGAGGAGGAGGCCCUGAAGAAAGCCGAGCAAGAGCGGCUGGAAAGAGAAGAGGCGGAGCGGCGAGCCGAGGAGGAGCGGAUGCUGGCGCAGAUGGACGAGUCGGAGCGGCUGGAGUACGAGCAACGGCGGCGGGAGGAGGAAGAGCAGAGGAGACUUGCGGAAGAGCAGCGACGCAGGGUGAUGGAGGAAGAGGCUCGUCUCGCCAUGGAGGAGGCUAUGCGACAAGCCCGCUUUCUGGCCAAGCAGCAGGCGGAGCUGGAACGCCACCUCAUGUUUCACCGUGAGCUGUGGCUGGAGACGAGCGGGAUGGAGCAAACGCAGGACGUGUCUCGGCCGUGGGUCUACUCGUACUACGAGCUCCUGCAGAUGCUGGGACUGCAACGGCCAGAGCUGGAAGCAGGGCAGCACGUUGACUGAGCCGCUAAAGGUCCCACCGACAGGGAAAUGUCAUAUCCUGGGCCCCACGGGCCGAAUGCCCGUCCAUGGUUUUAUUUCAUACGACCCACCGGUCACAUGAGGCCUACCAUUUCGAAACGGCCUGCAAACCAUAUGUAUCCAUUACUCCAAGCAUCUUAUCGCACUAAUCCGGCACCAGAAGGGAAUAUUUUUGACCUCGUAACGCCACCAUGUUUCGAAUUUUAGCAUCACACUCGGGAACUUCUGAGUGUACAGGGUGGUCCAGAUGUCGUGACCCGCACCGUGAGGCACCACGGUGACUAGGAGCUGUUGACUACCUCGCCUGGUAUACAAGAGUUCGUGGGUUCAAUC